AGCCUCCCGAGCCGCCCAGAGCCGCGGGCCGGUGGGGCCGGGACGCAGGGGGCGCCGCCGACGGCGCGGACUCUCCGCAGCCAGCCAUGUCAGUGCAGGUGGUGUCGCCAGGAAGCGUGGGGCUGGGCCCCGAGCGCCUGACCCCCGAGGAUCUGGUGCGGCAGACGCGGCAGGUGGUGCAGGGUUUGGAGGCGCUGCGGGCCGAGCACCGCGGCCUGGCCGGGCACCUGGCAGAGCGGGCGGCGCUGGGCCCUGGAGGCCCCGAGCUGUUGGAGGAGAAGCAGCAAGUGGUGGAGCGAUCGCUGGAGGCCAUCGAGCUGGGGCUGGGCGAGGCUCAGGUCCUCCUGGCCCUGUCAGCCCACGUGGGCGUGCUGGAGGCCGAGAAGCAGAGGCUGCGGGCGCAGGCGCGGAGGCUGGCGCAGGAGAACGCGUGGCUGCGGGAAGAGCUGGAGGAGACGCAGCGGCGGCUGCGGGCCAGCGAGGAGGCCGUGGCACAGCUGGAGGAGGAGAAGAGCCACCUCCAGUUCCUGGGGCAGCUGCGGCAGUAUGACCCGCCCGAGGACAGCCAGGUCCCCCCGCGCUGAGAUGGGACAGCCUGGCCUCCCUGUUCCCCAGCGAGGAGGAAGAGAGGAAAGGU